CGGUGCCGGGAGGCGCGGGCAGAGGCGCGGGGAUGGGGCGGCCGCCUGCCCCCCGCCAGCCUGCCCGCUCCCGCUGCCCGCCGCCGCCGCCGCGUCCCCUCCUCGGCCGGCGGGAGGGGACGGCUCUCUCCCGCCGCCCGCCUCGCCUCCUGCUCUGAAUUUCUGCCCGUCCGCCGAUCUGGGGAGAGGCGGGGAGGGGGCUCGUCCCCUCGCACUUUUCCAACCCCCUCCCCUCCCCCAAUUCUUUUUUCCUUCUACCCUCUUUUUCGCCUUCCCCCCUAUCACUUCCCCUGCCCCCCACCCCUGCUUCCCAGCCCGUUUCUUCUCCACGGGAUCUCUUCGGCGGCCAUGCGGCCGGUCCUGGGCGAACGGUUCUAACUCGCCCCCUCGCCCGAAUGGCCCCCCGGAGCCGCGGGCGGAUGGAGCCGAGCUACGUCGUGGGUAUCUGCUGCCUGGUGCUGCUGGAGCCGGGCCGGGUGUGGAGCGGCGAGCCCAGCACCGGGGUGCCCGGUGAGAACGGGAACAGCAGCCAGGCACCGGCGGUGGAGUCCACGGCUCCCGCGCCCACCGGGGCGGCACCAGCGGGGGGAGAUCGCUGCCGCGGUUACUACGACGUGAUGGGGCAGUGGGACCCGCCAUUCAACUGCAACGCUGGCAUCUACCAGUACUGCUGCGGGACCUGUGGGUACCGCUUCUGCUGCCAGUUCAAGCCCGGACGGCUGGACCAGAGUGGCUGUUCCAACUAUGACACCCCCAAUUGGGUCAACACCGGCCAGCCGCCUGCCCGGGUGGAUGAGACCCCCGAGGACCCUGCUCGAGAUAAGCCCAACAUGAUCGUCUACAUCAUCUGCGGUGUGGUGGCCAUCAUGGUGCUGGUGGGCAUCUUCACCAAGCUGGGCCUGGAGAAGGCACAGGGUCCACAGACAGAGAUGACCGUCUCCAGGACACUGACGGAUCUACUGAAGCAGCCAGGCCAUGGCCCCUCUGAGCACAUGGACGGCCUCAUGGCGGGCGUGCAGGUCCCACUGGGUGAGGGGCUGCCCCAGGGCCCCCCCAGGAGCAACACAGACAAAGCACCCUUGAACAACGCGGUGGCCAUUGCCCCCUCCCUGGGGCGGUCCCACAACCACAACAAGCGACUGCCACUGAGCAGCAGCCUGGCCCUGCCAGCCCCCACCUAUACUGCCUACGCCACCCUGAAGGCUGGAGAGACUGCUCCCGAGGACUUCUACAGGCGGUUCGGGGGGGCAGAGGUGCCCCUUGCCAGCACCCUGUCCUUCCCGCCCGCCGACAGCCCGGCGCUGCCCGAGGGCUGCCCCCCGGCCAAGACCAAGGGCCCCAAGCUGCCGGGGGGCCCAGCUUUCCUGGGCAGCUGGGAGGGGGCUCCCCCCCGGGGCCCCCGCAGGCCUGGCCUGGCAGCCCUGCGCUCCGAGGGGCCGCCCGACGCCUUCAUCCCUGCCACCCCGCUGUACGGCCAGCCCUCCCGGCACCUCGCCACCAACAGCAAGACCGAGGUCACCGUCUGACAGCUGGCACCGCUGGGCACCAGCCCUGGGGCUGCCCCCCACCCGAGCGCCGCCGCCGGCCUGCCGCCGCAGGGGAUCGUCGUGGGUCCAGCGCACACCAGGGAGGCUGGCCACGGAGCCACCCUGCCGCUGCUGGGGUGGGUGCUGCCGGCUCUGCUUCACCGGCGAGGAGGCGCCCCGGGCCAGGCCGUUCUCUCACCGGGGCAAGACUCGGACACUCAGCCCACCCCCUGACGGGGCUGAGCCAGGGACGCAUUGGUGGAGCAGGCUGCUUAGGAGACGGGAGCUAGUGCCGGACACUGCGCAGGGCUGGGCACACAUCCUGCCGGGACCAGGCACCCCAGCCCAGCUCCCACGGCCGGGGAGGGGAAGGGCAAGACGAAGCACUGUCCCAGCACGGCUGGCAGAGCCCGAGCAGCCUCCUCCCCUUCUCAGCUUCCCCUUUCUCACUGCCCCAGCCUCCACCUUGUCAAUAAACAAUGCAUUAAACUGUA